CAAUGUAUGUAUUUAUUCUUUUUAAAUAGGUUAUUAGUGCUGCCAUCUAUCGGUGGAAAGAGAAACAGACGCUCUCUGGCAUGGCGGAGUGACUCUCUGGAGGAGUUUUUACUUUAACUAAAAAAAAGGAAAGAAAACAGCGUUAAAAUCCGUCGAAAGACAAAUACAGGUACUCGAGAUGCAUCCGGAUCUGUCGCCACAUUUACACACUCCUGAGUGCAAUGAACUGAUUUUGCUGCUCAAGCAGUGUCACAAAGAGCACAACGUCCUCCGCUUCUUUGGAACGUGUAAUGACAUGGAUCGAUUGAUGAGGGAGUGUCUCAAAAGAGAGUAUCAGGCGAAUCGAGAACGCAGCCGAGCUCAUGCCGAGGAGAUGAAGCAGCGGAUCCGGGAAGGAACGAAAGCUCAACCAUGAGAGGGAAUUUUUGAAAAGUAGAAAAUGUUAAAUAUAUUCAGGACAUUUCCUUUUUUUUUUUUUUUUUUUUUAAAGACUUCAUGGAUGGAUAACAUCCUGGAGAGGACUUUUUUUUUUUUGACACACCGUGGACGUGCAAGAAAUUUAAUUCACUCAUUCAGAAAUGAAAUAAUAGACUGCAAUAAUAAUUUUCUCCAAAUCCUGUUGAUUGGUACAAAUACUUUCAGACAGGAACCACAUAUUAAUAUUAUUUUGACUGGAUAACUUGGUCUCACACUGCUGGUUAAAAUGCACUUGAAAACAAUGUUAAGGAUCAAAGACAAUUAAAGAAAUACAUCAAAAACACCAAAACAACAA